GUGCGACUGUUUUCGGCCAGAUACCGUCAGAUUUGCGGGCGAAGGACACUGCUUACGAAAUUGCCUCAUGUUCAUUCAUAACUGCAUUUCUUCCACGUUUCUCAACCUAAGCAGUGGACGACGCCUUUCUCCGUUCAAUACCACCAGGUGCCCAUGCUAACGCUACAUUUUCACGCCCAGGAUUACCCCGAGGAUACAAGGAAACGAGAGAAGCUUGCAACUCAGCGAAGGAGAAGCACUGAACUGAUUUCAACAGUCCGACUUUCCGCUUUGCUGUUUUUGCGCCUCUAACAGUUUUGAUAUUCUCCAUGGAUGUGGCAGAUUCCUGAGCAGAAAGGAUGACAUCGGAGGCUGCGGUCUCCACACCUCCUGCCAUAAGCAGCACCCCAGCAAAGGUGGACUACUACUGGCUUCGCUCCUUUGUAGCUGGAGGUGUAGCAGGAUGCUGUGCCAAGACCACCAUAGCCCCUCUGGACAGAGUAAAGAUUCUUCUUCAAGCUCAGAACCCCCACUACAAACAUCUAGGAGUGUUUGCCACUCUUAAAGCUGUGCCACAGAAGGAAGGCUUCCGUGGGCUGUAUAAGGGUAACGGGGCAAUGAUGGUCAGGAUAUUUCCUUAUGGAGCCAUCCAGUUCAUGGCAUUUGACAAUUAUAAAAAGCUGCUGAGUAAACAGAUUGGGAUCUCUGGACACAUCCACCGCCUCAUGGCAGGAUCUAUGGCAGGGAUGACUGCGGUGAUAUGCACCUACCCUCUGGAUGUGGUCCGAGCCAGACUGGCCUUCCAGGUGACGGGAGACCAUCGCUACACUGGAAUUGCCAAUGCCUUCCACACCAUCUACCUUAAGGAGGGUGGUGUAUUGGGCUUCUACAGGGGGCUUACUCCAACGCUUAUUGGAAUGGCGCCUUACGCAGGUUUCUCGUUCUUCACCUUUGGUACCCUGAAGAGCCUUGGCUUGAAACAUUUCCCGGAGCUGCUGGGGCGUCCCUCCUCAGACAACCCUGAUGUCCUCAUUCUGAAACCCCACAUUAACCUGCUCUGUGGAGGGGUUGCCGGUGCCGUCGCACAGACAAUAUCGUACCCAUUGGAUGUGGCUCGGAGAAGAAUGCAGUUAGGAGCAGUGCUUCCUGACUCCGAUAAAUGCGUAUCGCUGCGCAAGACCCUGACGUACGUGUACAAGCAGUAUGGGAUCAAGAAGGGAUUGUACCGAGGCCUUUCUCUCAACUACAUCCGCUGUGUCCCCUCCCAGGCUGUUGCCUUUACCACCUAUGAGUUCAUGAAGCAGGUCCUCCACCUAAACUAGUUGCUGUUUUUAUACCUUCCGCUGCUCCGGGGCCUAUACGCUGCGAGUGGUCAAGCAGAUUGGCCUCAGCGCUUCCAUCGCAGAGUGAUCCGAGGUUCGCUCACUUCGUCUUAAACGUAAGCAAUGUGGGAACUGCCUUUUGCUCCGAGUUAACUGAAUGCACCGGGGAAGUCAGUUCAUGCUGAAAAGGGAAACUGUUCAUCAGGCAGUGAGGCAAACCGUGUCUUUCCCGUUUCAUUCUCUCUUACUUCCUGUUUUUUGUAGCUCACCAUAUGUAAUGAGAGGAUUUACUCAUCUCACAUGUGGCUUGAAUACAGUGAAGCAGCAGUACAUUUGGACUGGCUCAGUUGAUUGGAUGGCUUGGGGCAAUGAUAUGCUCUGUAGUAAUGUUGGCAACACCACAAAAACCCUCUGACUGUGCAGAAACCCCUUCAGACGUCCACACACUCAUUUUUUUUUGUUAUAUAUUCAGGUCCUAUAAAUUACUUUAAGAUAGAAAUGACCUUAAAUUAGCAGCUUAUUUCCAAUUCGUUUUGAAGAGAUUUCUGUGAUAUAAUAAAUCAUCCCAAAACACUUAAAUUCUGCAGCUGUCCAUUAUCUUAACUGUUUAUCAUAUUGUUUUCUCUUUACCAACUUGGAGAUGAAAAGUUGGGCUAUUUUUGGAAGGUGGUUGGAAUUUUGUAAAUAAUUCAAUGAUUUAUAAUGUUUUGUUUAUUCAGGGCUCAGCAUGUCUUGAAGUUUUCAGUGCAGUAACCUGACGAAAAGUUGUCGUUUGUACAUCUUCGACUUUGUCGUCUACACAAAUCUAAAAUCAAGAUAAAUCAGUUUGCCUGUAGUUUGAUUUUUUUGAAGAUGAAGAAAGUGAGGUGGUACGCAAUCACUGUAUGUAUUUUCAAAAUGUUUGGGUUUUUUUUUUUUUUAAUGUGCACUCAGAUGUUUAGUCUGCAGCUCUGAUGAGAAUGAAUUGCGCACAUCUCAGCUCAGCUUUGGAGUUGUUAAGGAUGUCAACAUUUUGACAUAAUGUGGAUUUAAGUAUGGCAAGUCUGGAGGGACUCAGGAGAAAAUUGCACUUCAUCACUGUAGUUUUUUCUUAUUUAUUGAUUUAGUGACCUGUUGCCACUGGGUGGCAGCAUUGAAUAUAGAUUGUAACUGUUUACCGUUAAGCUGGAUACAACGUUCAUACAGACUUCUCAUAUCAGAUUCAGAUCUUUAGCAGCUUUUACAUUUUGCUUAACCAAAGCAGGUAGUCAGAUAGUGAGUGAUACGCAACGUUUCAACCCAUUUCAGCCAACAUUUCUGACUACUUACUGGAGCUUCUGGCUGUUGACAUUUGCUGUCCCUGGAAAGCUGAACAUUAAUUACUGAAUGAAAGUGUUGUUUAAUCACUUUCGGUCUCAAGUGCACCGCAAGCCUUCAAGUCUCUGCCAAUGUUUGCAUGAGCCUCAUCAGUUUAUUGUACAAGCAUCGUCAUUUUUUCCACCCUCUUGCCUUCCUCUGAAUUCGACGUCUUACUUCACCAGAGUGAUUAAUAUGUUUUAUGGAUGUGUUUCUCCACAAGCUUCAGUUUGAUGCCUCAGUUUUUAGAUCAGAUGCCUUAAAAAAGUGGUUUGCACCCUUUUCGGCUCGAACUAAAUAGAUAAAUAAAGCAGUGUGUAUGUUCAGUCCCGACAUACAUAAAUGCAGCAGUGUGGACAGUACCGAGUUUCAAAGAUUGCUGGUGUGCAAUUGAGUAUUAUAGUAGUGUAAAUACUACCUCUGCUACUAAUAGUUUGCAGUUUUGUUGUGUUUGUGGCAAAUUUACAUCCUCACUGCCAUUCAUUCAUGUCCUUUAUUCCAUCACUCUGUUACAUAUGUAGUUACAGUUCUGUGAAUACUAGGUGGCUGUCGCUUUGAUGUAUUGAAGCAUUAAAGAGCCCAAAAACUGCUGAAACAUGCUGGUUGAUGAGGAGCGGGUGCACAUCAGCAGUCGCAAGUUACUAGGGGUGGUAGUUUGUUUCAGGGUUCAGUUUGGGUUUAAUGAAUGGAAUCUGCUCCAUGGCCUCUCUCAGGUCUAAAAAUGUCUUCAUAUUUAAUUCUUCUGAUUAAACAACAGUCUUCAGUAUAACUCUUAAUUUCAAGUGUGUGUAACAAUAAAUGUACUACAGUAUGUGUACAUUUAACAGUGCCUACCUACCUUGGCUUAAAAGUAUAAUCACACACUCAUUGGUGAUAAAUGGCAACUACCACUGGGGAAACACAAUGUAGUUUUCUGCAAAAUUUCUGCUUUUUAUGGUGCCACUCAUUCAUCUGCAGCACUGCUUUUUACAGAAGAUUUCAUUUCCCGAUGUUUUGAUUUCCGUGUUUGGUUUUAAAUGCGUGAUCUUUCACUGUAAUUGGUUUUAUUUGGUUCAGAAGACACAUGAUCUCCGGUCCUUGCUGGUCAUUGCAACAGAUAAUUACGUAAGACGUAAUUUCUACAUCCAAAUGUCUGUAAUAGUUUGUUGUACUGCUUUGUCAGGCUGUGAUUGAUGUGACUGAAAGAAGAUACUUAGGUUUGACAAUGAACAAUGAACAAUGAAGCAGCCUUUUUUUAAACACACAAAAAAAAUUGUCCAUUUUAUUUUUUUUCCUUGUACAGUUUUGCCUGCCUUCUGUAAGCAGUGUCUGAAAUACAUGACAUGUCACCUUCUUAAAACGG